CGGAACAUUGAUAUUCACCCGUAUGGCGACCCAAAACUCUCAGUGAACACUACGUGGUUCUCAGGCUUAAGCGGCUGUGGCGCGUAUUUGGAACCACUGUGCGACUUCAGUCUCGGAAAGAACGGUGACCAGAUUUUCUUAUCCCAACUACGUGACUCGGAGUCCCGAACCUGUGCCGAGCAGGAAUCCCUCCUAGGCCACAACUCGGAUCCGGAUAUCGCUGCUCUUCCCGUCCGUCCCGCUGACGGCAGUGUUCCAGGGGACCAGCCGUGACUGCCUCGCUUAUCGUCGCAGGCGUAGCCGUCGGGGCGAGGCCCUGGUCGGCGUCAGGCGAGCCGGCCAUGUCCGGGCAGUUGGUCAGCUGGAUGCACCGCGUGCUGCCGUUCAGCAAGAACGCCCGCAGCCCCCAACACUGCAACGCUGCCUACGACCACGCCUCGUCCAACGCCUCGUCGCGGAACGCCUCGCCGCUGCACUGCGCGUCCUCACCGGCGCGGAGCCGAGCAGCGGAGGAGGCGGCGAGUGCGAGCGCCGGCCCGGAGCACCCGGCGCCUCAGCACGAGAUCAAGGACUCGCUCGAGGCUGAGCGAGGCGAGGACGACUCGGGCGUUCGCGCGUACGAGCCAUGCGUAGCGCAGGAGGACGAGCUCCCGCCGCCGCCCCCGCCGGUCUCGUCGGCCGAGCAGCGGCGGUACGGCCCGUCGUCGCGCGGCAUGGACUCGGUCGAGUUCCGUCAGCGCGGCCGCGAGAUGGUCGAGUACAUCGCGCGCUACAUGGAGACCAUCGGCGACCGGCGCGUGACCCCGCAGUGCGAGCCGGGCUACCUCAAGGAGCUGCUGCCGGACAAGGCGCCCGAACAGCCCGAGGACUGGGACAACAUCAUGGCCGACGUGGAGCGCUUCAUCAUGCCCGGAGUGACCCAUUGGCAGCACCCCCACUUUCAUGCCUACUUCCCCGCUGGGAAUUCCUACCCUUCUAUCCUGGCGGACAUGCUCUCUGAUGGCAUCGGCUGCGUCGGGUUCUCCUGGGCAGCCAGCCCGGCUUGCACAGAACUGGAGGUGAUCAUGCUGGACUGGAUCGGAAAGAUGAUUAACCUUCCCGAGGAAUUUCUCUGCCUGUCAGGAAACAGCAGUGGAGGAGGUGUUAUUCAGUCAAGCGCAAGCGAGUGCAUUCUGAACACUCUGCUGGCAGCCAGGUACGCAACGAUCAAGAAACUCAAGGAGGAACAGCCUUUCGUCGAUGAGGGCGUGCUCCUCUCAAAGCUCAUGGCCUACUGUUCCAAGGAGGCCCACUCAUCGGUGGAGAAAGCAGCAAUGAUUGGAUUCGUGAAGCUUCGCAUUCUUGACACGGACGAGAACUUCAGCCUGCGCGGCUCGAUGCUUGCCGCGGCCAUGGAGGAAGACCGCAAGGCCGGAUUCGUCCCCUUUUUUGUAAGCGCAACACUGGGAACGACGUCUUGCUGCUCCUUCGACGCUCUGGCGGAGAUUGGUCCACUCUGUCAAAAAGAAGGCAUCUGGCUUCACGUGGACGCCGCCUACGCGGGAAGCGCUUUCAUCUGCCCCGAGUUCCAGUACCUGCACAAGGGACUCGAGUACGCGAUGUCUUUCAACAUUAACCCUAACAAAUGGAUGCUUGUAAACUUUGACUGCUCCUUGAUGUGGGUAAAGGACAGGUUCAAGUUGACGCAAGCUUUGGUCGUUGACCCGCUGUACCUACAGCACAGCUAUUCAGAUAAGGCGAUUGAUUACAGGCACUGGGGCAUCCCCCUUAGUCGGAGGUUCCGGUCACUCAAACUGUGGUUCGUAGUGAGGAGGUACGGCAUCGCCGGACUACAGCACUACAUCCGAGAGCACGUUCGACUGGCAAAGAAAUUUGAGCUGCUGGUGCGAAGCGACUCCCGGUUCGAAGUGGUUAGUCAAGUGAUCUUCGGUCUCGUCUGCUUCCGGCUCAAGGGCUCGAACCAGCUGAACGAAAAGCUGCUGUCGAGCAUCAACGCGUCGGGCAAGCUGCACAUGGUGCCGGCGUCGCUCAACGACCGCUACGUCAUCCGCUUCUGCGUGUGCGCGCCCAACGCGUGCGACGCGGACAUCGUCUACGCCUGGCACAUCGUCAGCCAGUUCACCACCGAGCUGCUGCAGCUGCUCGGCCACGAAAUCGACAAGAAGGAAGAGGAGAAGGAGGCCAAGAUAUGCGAGGAGUCGGCGGACGAGGUGUUCGUGCUGGAGCGGAAGCAGCACAGCCUGCGCUACCGGCGCAGCUUCUUCGUGCGCAUGGUGUCCGACCCGAAGCUGUACAACCCCAAGAUCGUGCGCGCCCUGUCCGGCUCGACGAGCAGCGAGCCGCAUCCGCGAGGCCAGCCCAGCGAGUCACCCCCGGGCGAGUCGCCCACGUACACGGGCGAGGUGGUCGCCCCGCUCUAGGCGCCGCCGCCGCCCAUGCCGCCGCCGGCGCACCAGCACGCGUGUAGCGACCACCGCGAGCGUCUUCGCACGAGCAACUCCGCCGGGAACGCGUGCCACUGUCGUUCGCUGUGCUCGGAACAGCUGCCCGAGUAGAGAGAGAGAGAGAGAGAGAGAGAGAGAAAGCCUGUUACCCGAAGGGGAUCGAGUGAGCGUAACGGGGGAGGGGGAGGCACGUUAUGCGCUGCUACAAGUAUGUGUGCUUCAUUAGAGAGAUUUAGAUUAGAGGACCCAAGCGACUUGCGUACCCAAGAACUAGGGGACAUGGUACUGCGCAUGCGCAGACACUUACGUCGGGGUCUGCGCAUGCGCAGUACCGUCGCCCCUAGUCCUUGCGUACGCAAACCCCUUGCGUUCCCUAACCUAAAAUUCUCCAUUGUCUGCGCGUCUUGCCGUUUGCGGAAUGCUGGACAGGUUGACGGGUGCAACCGCUGAUCAGAUCAGUGGGUAUAACUGGGGAGCACUGCAGCUGCUCUGGUGAGGACAUCUUGCAAAGCUGUGUUCAACCUCAACACGCUUGAAGUGGAUUGCCUGAGUGUUCUCGUUGAAGUGAAAAGAGCCAAUUCGUAUUCAUACAUGCGUGGAUAUUACGUUCUGCCGACGCGGGUUAUGUCAGCAGACAAGUGAAACGGAGUCGGUCGUGGCAGUAGUAAUUAUGCAUGCUGUGGUUGAAUUCAGCGUCCCAAAGUGUCGCCAUCAGUGGGCCAUAGUUGCGUCUACGUUCCCGGUAUUUGCAAACGGUAAUGCGUAUACGAACGGACAAAAUUUAGAGCGUUUUAGCGCAUCGCAGGCAUAUUGUCGUAAACGUGAAGGCACGUGAAGGCAUGGACGCGAAGAGCGAGGUGCGGCGUCUUGUGACGACUGAAAUGCAUUCCACUUAUCCGUGGAAAAAAAAAAAAAACAUAUCGGCAGCAAAAGGCUUAUCAUCGCGAAUCUAUUUUUGUACAUUAUUUUUUUUUUUUGGAGAGAAGAUCGAUGGGACGAGAGAACGUUUUCCGAUGCGUUUUGGUUCAUCACGGUGUCGCAUAAUGCCGUGAUCUACCAAACGCGCAUGUCUACGCUAGCGCGGCUUCGCGAUGCUGAAGUAGCUAUCUCUGGGCUCCCGCAUUCGCAAAAAUUCUCGUCUUUAAGCGGCUUCUGCGAUUGGCCAUCAGCGCGGUGGUCGUUUCAUUAUUAUCACGACGAUCGCUAUUACUAACAGCUAUAUAGUGCCGGAACGCUGUCAAAUGAGGAAGCUCCCUUACAUAAGAGAAGUUUUGUGAAUACGGGCCCCAAAUUGGCGAUAUGCGCUAUGACCCUUCUAUGCCUCAGCGCAUAAGGACUACAGGGAUCUCAGAUUCGGUGUCAUAUUCGGGACUAUAUGACGGAAUUUGUCUGGGUGGCGCUAUAGACCACCGUGUCAUGCACACAUAGGCCUAACGUUCAGUUCAGUACAGUUUAUUUCCUUAUAGAACGGCUAACUUACCGGCAGUGAUUAGUUCACGUGUUCGCAAAGAGAGCACAUUUCAAGGAUAAACGAACUAAGGACUGCUAUUUUGUUUUCUCAUAUUGAGCGUCCCGCGUUGCAGACUACAGUCGCGUAGCGGACGUCUCAAAGAGAAAGCGGAUGCAGCAAAGGUCGGUUGUCCAGUCCCAACUAAUGCAUAACAUACCGACGCAACUUCUUCGCGAAGGUGCGGUAGUUGACUGCGACCCUUGCGAACAUCGCACAUAGGGUGGACGCGCAGUCGUAACCGUGGGAGCGCGGCCAUGCUAUAAACCUUCCAAAUUGUAAGGCUCGGAUCAUUGCCGCAACGUCUCGAAUAGGCGUCACCGCACGUACGUUGUCCAAUAAGGAGUCGCACAACGACGCGUUCGCUACGCGAGUAACGCGCAAUAUGACUGCUAUAUAUUAGACUGUAGUCUGAAAGCAUGAGCCGCUCACAAGCAUCAUAGCAAAAGGUGUGCGCCAGUGCGACCGCAAACGACGUCAUGCGCGGGAGAACAAACAAUUGCGCGCGGCCGCAGAGAAGACGGAGCGUGGGUGACCGCAGAGAAAGGGGGUGCAGUGGCUUGUGCGUAGUUCGCUCGCAGAGUCUCGCGCAUCGGUGCUCGUUACGAAACGCGUGUUGCUGACACCUUUACGACUGUACCGCGAAAAUAACUUUCGGUUGCGAGGAGGAGGAUACAGUGGAUGCCGGAAUGAAUGCAUCGGACCGGGGCGCUCUCGAAUCGUUCGUGAAAAGCUUAUAGCUGAAGUUUAGCAGUCUCAUAAAGCAACUUCAGCACUUAAAUGGCGCAACUGCUUGGGUGAAACGAUAAUAAUGAUGUCAUUAUACUGUCAGCAAGCAAAACGAGGGGAAAGAAAUGAAACGAUAAAGAAAUUUCAGUAUGUUUCGUUGUGGUCUAUGGUACAUACAGGUAAAUAGAACCAACCUUAAGUUCCGUUUCCAUCAGUCAAUCAAGUUGUUGCAGAUCUGUCUUUAUGGGCAAGCAAUUUGAUGCACGCGCGAGCCACAAAGUGAUCAAAGCAAGAGCGUUAUUGCAACAAUAUUUCACUACACUGGGAUGCGGCCGCGAUAUCGGCAAAUGUUAAUCAGGCUAGACUUCGAACGACUCUGAUGGAAUUAUACGAAAACGGAACUGCUUCGAUGAGCGUGCGCCGUUUUGUCAAUGAAUCUGCCGUAGCGCUAAUACAUGCGAAAUAUGAUUAGUCUUGGGCCAUAUGUAUGGCCUUGUGACUCUUUCAAUUCCUACUAAUUUAUUAAAAGGAGCCAUAGAGAUAUUUUGAGAAAAUUUAGCCGAAUGUAAUCAGUGAAAGCCCUCGGUCUUCCUCUGCGCGUGUCGUCCUAGUAGAAUAACCUAACGUUCGAGUUGCAAAAGAGCGUACAAGCGCGACGAAACUGAAGAAAAUCGUGCGUUCAAAUAGGACGCUUUCAUUUGGCUGCGCCGGAAUAAUGAUGUCCUCAUUGGGGGAUAUCCAGUGCUCACCGAAUUCUGUCGGCCUUUUCCGUUACAGCUUAUCGCACGUGUCCGUUGAUCCGGAUUAGGGGUGUGAUAUGUACAGGAUGUCCCAACUAUCAUGCACCAAGAUUUAAAAAUAUGCAAAUGCCACGUAACUGGACAGAAUCAGGUAAUGUUGUUUUCUGUCACUUGGGGUGUAAGUGAGUGAGUGAGUGAGUGAGUGAGUGAGUGAGUGAGUGAGUGAGUGAGUGAGUGAGUGAGUGAGUGAGUGAGUGAGUGAGUGAGUGAGUGAGUGAGUGAGUGAGUGAGUGAGAUAGCUUUAUUUGUAAUCCGUCGAUUGGGAGGCCCCGGCCUGGGGCCGCCUAUAUAGAUGGCCACUGGGAGCUGUUGUUCCCGUACGGCCUCCAUGGCUCGCUGUACGGCUCAAAGUUGGUCUUGGAGUUCUGAGCUGAGCACGCGCGGCCGACCACCACGCCCGUAGAUUUUCAGGGGAGACUGCCAUUUUAUCUUGAUAUAUUUUACACCCCCACAACAAGUGUUGAAGGAUGGAUCUAGCAGACUUGCAUAGAUUGCAUACAUCGCUCUCGUAUAUCUCGGAGUAUAAAGUCGUGAGUCGCACGAAAUUCGUAUAGGUUUGUGUUUGUAAUCGCCUCCAAUCAACGGACUCAGCUCUGUUCAAUUUAGUGUGAGGCGUUUGGAGGUACUCAGAUUUCUUUUUUUCUUUUUUUGCAUUCCGCCUGAUUACAUAAUUAGUCUUACUUAAUUAAGAAACUUUUCAAAUAUUAUAAUUAGAUGACAAGUGUCAAUGAAAAAGAAUGUACAGCAACAUAAAAAACUCUCGCUAGAGCUUUCUGUUGCUCAAUACGUGCUACAUAAGAGUGUUUUUCCGAGUGUGAAAGAGCGUGAAAGUGCCUCGAGCGGCCAGUCACGCGGCAAUUUUGCAUGUAUUCGCGGAUUCUUUAACGUUUGGGAAAACACUUUUAUGCAGCACAUGUUGAGCAUCAGAAAGCUGUAUCGCGAGUUUUUCAUGUCGCUCUACAUUUCUUCCAUUGACACUUUUCAUCUAAUUAUAAUAUUUGAGAAGGUGAUUAAUUAAUUCUGAGUAACGUAAUCAGGCGGAAUGCAAGAAAAUAAUCUGAGCGUCUCCAAGCGACGGCACACAACAUUACCUUGGUUCUGUCCAGUUACGUGGUCAUUUGCCUGCUUUCAAAUCUUGGUGCAUGAUAGUUGGAAAUCCCUGUAUAUUAUUUCUUUUUUUUUUUUUUCAUAGCGACUUGUAGCGCGCGUCUGCACAAAGAAACGAAAGUUUAGCGUUAGAAUAUCCACACCAAGAAACUGCGUGAGGCUUUGAAGAUCGCUUCAGCUCCCGUUUAAGCUGGAUUCACACGACAGGCCGGAUCGACAAUUCAGCAGGUGCAACGAAACUGAGGUGCAGCGAAUCGCAUCACUAUGGCGACCCGUCUGCGAUGCGAUUCGGCGGAACUAAGCCACGUCAUGCUCGUCCGCAGGAGUGGGUCCGUCGUGCGGAUCCAGCUUUAACGCGUCCUUACGAACCCCCGAGUGCCAGGUUGAGUGGACGUGGGACACCGCGGAAGCUUAGUACAAGAAGCACAUAUUUCCAAGCGACCACGAAAAGAGGCAGCGGCACGGCCUGAAUGUAGCAAAGAAAGAAGAAAAGAGAGAAAGAAAGCGAGCGCGCGGCAUAUGCAACGGCGGAGCACAGAGGAUGCGGGUGUCGAGCUAAUCUGCGUCCCGCGACGGAAGACGAUCUGCGUGACGCUGCGGCUCUCUCCCCACAAUCCCCACAAAAGGCCUCCCCCCUCUCGCCUACCCCCCCCCCCGCGUGUUCUCCCUAAUCCUCGUGCUCACACGCCACGCGUGUCAAAUGGCCGGAGGUCGCAGGUUCCAUCCUCCGGCAUCACUCCAGCCUCCGGUCCUGGUGUCAAGCCCAGCUGUUCUUUAUUUUCCGCACUGUGUGAAGGGACCCUUGGGUUACCGCUAUAACUGUUAUAUGCAUGCGACACAAGCGUUGUGUACUAAUAAAAGAGCCCCGUUUAUUGCA